AUGUGGCUUGUGAACAUUCUUUGGUUCUUUGUAUGGCUCCAGACCCAUCGUGCAGCGGCCUUCAAAGGAGUUUGCACCUGGCAAAAUCUCACCUUCUCUCCUAGAUCUCCAUCAAGCACCCAAUUUACCACAUUUAUAACGCUUAUACCGACAUCCACACUAUUGAGUACAGUCUCAGCGAGACUUAACGAAACAAUAAUUGCAACAUCCACUAUAAGCUCAAUUACUACUGUCGUUGAUUUUACGACAGUAUCCGCGAACUCAUUAUUGUCUGCAUCCAAAACUGCCAAUUCCCAAACCGCAAAUCUGAAUAACACAACUUCUUCAGCGACAUCGAGCUUGUCUCUGUCGUCGGCUUCUACUUUGACGACCAGUCUCUUCAGCGCAGCUACCUCAGCGCCUACUACUAUGUCCACACUGAGAUCCACCAGUGGGAACGUGACUAGCUUGUCAAUCUCAACGUCGUCUUCUGUGUCGUCUUCGAAGUCACCUUCCACGUCGCCGAUUUUGAGUCCAACUACUGCACUGCUUUUGCUAUCUUCUGCUACCAUGGCUGCUAGCCAAGCUGUUACUCCAGGAGUUGCUGCUAAUGCUUCGGAUACUGGGCUACUUGUCGCAGCAAUACCAUCGAGUAGUGCUUUUACAUCGACUUCAGCAUUCUCUGUACAGACGUCGUCCCCGCCAGCUUCGACAUCUUCGACAGCAGAUAAAGCAGUCUCUUCGGCAUCUGAGACAAGCAUUGCCUCGGAGACGAGCUCUGCGGGCACACUUUCUGCCACAGAUAGUGCAGUCUCGAGGACAAGCACAUCAGCCUCUACGACGUCAUUUGGUACUACUACGCCUAUGACCACUUCCACGAGUACAAGCAGCUCAGUGCCUGUUGCUAGCUCAAGCAGCAUCACAUCCAUCUUGACUGCGUCCGGGUCACCUACCAUUGAUGUAUCGAGCAGUGUCAUUCCGAGUUCGAUCCUUAUUCUUCCCACCACAACACCUUCCCCUUCUUCGACCACCUCUUCGAGUCCAUCAAUCACUACUGCAACAGCUUCUUCUGAAUCAAACACUUCCAAUCCCAGCGCCACUUCUUUGAAGUCAACUUCGCAUAAGCUGUCAUCCAAGGAGGUCAUUGGUAUAUCAUUCGGCGCAGUUGCAGCAGCAGCUAUCCUAUCCCUCCUACUGUUCGCACUCUAUCGCCGGCGCCGUGCCCAACAGGUAGCUGAUGAUGCUGCCGUCAACAACAAACACAGCUCUUUCCCUGAAAGUGCAUGGCUUUACGACCCUCGUAUGACACCCGCCGCUGCCUCUCGACGCAGCGGUAGUUCUGUAAGCAGCAUGCACUCCAGUGUCUCGAGCAGUGCCUCUCGAAGAGACGAAGCUCUCCUGUCCGCCAUCGCGAUCCCUGCCUCGUUGCCUAAACGGCAUGCCAGCAAUCCAGUGGGAGGUGCUUUGACUUCCAAUCCACCCUCUUCUGCACAGCGCCAUCGUCCCUCUUCUUCAGUGCCAGAGUUCAAGCCGCUGCCACCAACGCCUUCCGCUGCUGCUGCUGCAAGUGCCUCUAGUCUCCCCAGUCCCGUUGCCGAAGCCCCUUCUCCCAAAGAAACCAAACGCGAAAGUCUACCGGCGAUCCUGAAGAUCGGUGGAGGAAAGAAGAGACCACUUACUGCCGCGCCUGUGAUGCAGAAGCUGGAGACAGGGCCGAAUAAGCCUUUGCCUCCUAGACCUGUUAUGAGUGCAAAGGAUAGACCGUUUAGUUUUGAGGCUGGAGAUGAUGGUGCUCAGCACUUUGGGAUUGCUAAGUAG